GUUAUUAUGGAAUAAAAGUGUUAGAGAAAAAUUGGUUUACAGUUUCGUGAAGUUUGAGUAAAUUCUGACAAACAUUUGGUUCUCAAAAGCGAUUAAGAAUCAAAAUGACCCCAUGCUGCAAUUGUCAGUGCCUCUGUAUUGAUUCUAAGACACCACAACAAUUCUUGUAAUAAACUAUGGUCAGAUAUGACUCUCAGUGGGUGAAGUGUUUUGCCAUCUGAAGUGUUAAUGAAGCAAAAGAUUGUAGCAACAUGAUUAUAUAAGAGAUAGUACAUGUCAGAAAAAUUGUCAGUGACUAAACAGCAACAUAAAGAUUUUUCUGGAAAUUGACUGGGAUUGUAUGAUCUCAUCAGAAAAACUCAUCUGUGUUCUUUUUGGAUGAAAAAAAAGAAGAUUUUUAUGGAACUGAGGGAUUGUAUAAGACAAGAUUUCUCUUAAGAAAAAUCUGAUGAGACUUAACUGUGGGUGAAGGAAUUUACAUGUUUCUAAGGAAUUGACGAGUGCUUCGUUCCUUUGAUGUCUGAAUGGAAUACAAACAUGGUGGUUAAUGGUUAAUUAGGUCUCAUUAAUAGGUAAUUUACUUGAUGAAUGUGUAAACAUAAAUGGGUCUAUACUUGGAAGGAGAAAAAAACAGAUUAUAAAAUAAGAAAGAAAAAUGGACUAGCAUUGGAAUUGUUGAUUUUGUGUAAUGAAAAGAAAAAGUCGGAUUGUGAAUUUUUUUUGGGUAGGAAGAGAGAAAUAACCCCAUAAACAAAGAUAGGAGAGGAUAACUAUUCUUUUCAAGAAUUUUCAAGAAAUAAGUAAAAUCAGUGUCCUGAAAAUUAUAUGAUUUUUUAUGUGCUUAAUUUUGGUAUGAUGAUAUUAAUAAUGUGCUUUGAUAUAUAUAAUGAUCAUUGCAUAAUUGGAAGGAAAAAAGGGAGGUAAUAUAAUCUAAAUUUUUGUGAAAAAUAUACAAUAUUAAAUUCAUCAACAUACAGUUGCAAUUUGUGUGAAAUAUUGGGCUAAGUUGUCACAAUGGAAGGCCUCUCUUUCCAUGAGAAUGUGUAUAAGAGUACUCCUGUGAUUUAAUUAAGGGAAUUAAUAAACAAAAGGGAGUUAAUAAGCCUUUAAAAUAGGCCAAAGGGAGGUAAUUAGCCCUGAAAAGGAGAGUCAAGGGAGAUAACAAGGAUGGAAUACGGAAUGAGGCUACCGAUGGUGGGUGGGGGUGAAACGAAGAAACAUCGCGUGCCUGUACUGCCGGGUGUGGGGCUAGCUGGGCUUGAAAGUAUGACUAAGCCCAAACAUGGCUCACAGAGCCCAACACAUGCCAGUACUCAUCGGCAUCAUCGAUCAAAGCAGACGGAUGUACAGUCACUAUCGCACUCCCAGACGAUCCUGCAAACAUCCAGUCAGCCGACGGCAGUUGUCCAGCCAAAUGCUCAUCACCAUGGCAACCACAUCUCUGCCACCCAUCGCAGCAAGGAAAACGGGACAGACUCGGGGAAACAGAACAAAAACGGCAUUAUUCUUCAGGAGGGCAAGUUGACAGCCACCGUUGCCCCGACGACCCUCCCCCAUCUCAACCAAUCAGAACAUCACCAUCAUCACCGACGGCACAAGGAAGAUGAUAGUUCCACUCUCCCUUCUCUCAAUAAACCUGAGUCGCGACAGAACACAUAUUCAACCAUCGGGACUCCGGAGAGAAGCAAGCGGGACCAGUAUGGGAACAAGCUUCCAAUGACCCCUGCAGAGGCUUUAAAACUUUACCGCGGAAAGUUAACAUCGUUUGAACAGACAGAAAUACUCGACUACCCGGAAAUCUGGUUCCUUGGUCUCGAGGCGAAGAAGAUUGAGGGAGAGCCGGGAAGUGCCCAGAAUAAUGGCUACGACGAUGAGAAUGGUUCAUAUAUUAAGGUGCUACACGACCACCUAGUCUACCGGUACGAGAUAUUCGAGGUGUUGGGAAAGGGAUCGUUUGGUCAGGUGGUGAAGGCGUACGACUAUAAGACUGACCAGAUGAUCGCUAUCAAAAUUAUACGAAAUAAAAAAAGGUUUCACCACCAGGCGUUGGUUGAGGUGAAGAUUCUAGACGCUCUUCGCCGGAAGGACAAAGACAAUCAAUUCAACAUCAUCCACAUGGGCGAAUACUUCUACUUCAGGAACCAUCUGUGUAUCACCUUUGAGCUCAUGGGGAUGAACCUGUACGAGUUGAUCAAGAAGAACAACUUCCAGGGUUUCAGUAUUGCGCUCAUCCGACGCUUUGCCUUCUCCUUAUUACAGUGCCUUAAACUCAUACAGCGAGGGAAAAUCAUACACUGUGAUCUCAAACCGGAAAAUAUAUUGCUACGACAACGAGGGCAAAGUUCUAUAAAAGUAAUUGACUUUGGUUCCAGUUGCUAUGAACACCAAAGAGUGUACACAUAUAUCCAGAGUCGAUUCUACCGGUCGCCAGAGGUUAUCCUGGGUCUGCCUUAUUCCAUGCCGAUAGACAUGUGGAGCUUUGGCUGUAUUCUUGCUGAAUUGUACACAGGAUACCCAUUAUUUCCGGGAGAAAACGAAGUAGAGCAGCUAGCUUGUAUCAUGGAAAUUCUGGGUCUACCUCCUAACUUGGUGUUGGAGCAAGCCACCAGGAGACGACUGUUCUUUGAUUCCAAGGGCAAUCCCCGAUGUAUCACAAACAGUAAGGGCAAGAAGAGGCGUGUCUCGUCCAAGGACCUCCAACAGGCUAUAAAGACUAGUGACGCCAACUUCCUAGACUUUAUAAGGCGAUGUCUCGACUGGGACCCCUCCACACGAUUAACCCCCGAGGAGGCGCUGCAGCACGACUGGAUAAAGGAUGGACUCGUUAACAGACGGAAAGAGCACGCCCAAAAACACUCGAAACAUGGUGCCCAGUCUGCCGCAUCUGACCAUUCAACGGACCCAUAUAAGACGCCCGCACAGCCGCCCACCAAAGAGAAGUCGAAGACAGAUGAGUGGAAGUUGAACUUGAAGGAAAGACGAAGCUCGAAGAAAGAGGAGCGUGUACCCCCUGUAGGGGCCUCAGCAGAACAGAGUCAGGAUGAAAUAAAGUCUCACAGAGGUCCAAGUGCCAAGUCAGCGAGAGGGAACAAGAAACAGAGUCAUCAGGAGAACACUGGGACAGAGGACGUCCAAAUCACCAAGUUGAACCUCUCUGGUGUCCAUAGCAACCAUCCUGCCCAUAGCAACCAUCAUAGCAACAGCGGUCACCAUAGUAACAAGCAGGAUACAGACAAAGGCAGUCUUCCACCUAUAGCAAAAUAGCUUAGAGAUUAAAUUUCAAUUAAGUUGAUUUGGGACUGUUUUGUAAUUUUAAGUUGUAAUCUUAAAAUAUCUUUUGCUCCUAUGGAAGUGCUCAGAUUUACAAAAGAGGCGAAAUUAGAUAACAUGUGUUUCUUCUCCUUCAGUUGCAAACUUUCUGUAUUUAAUUAAGUACAUCGCAAAAAGGAGGAAAAUUUGUCUCAUAAUCUGAUUAGUGCUUAUUUAAGUUAAAUAAGCUGGGACUGUGAUGUUUUCUACUAUUUGCAGAUUCCAUUUGAGCCUUUAUAAAGAUCUUUUAUGAAAUUUGCCCAAUUUUUGAAAGUAGAUUUUUGGCAAUAAUUCGAGUCUUGAUGAGAAUCCAAUUAUGAAAUCAGCCCAGUUUUAGAAAGUAGAUUUUUGGCAGUCUGAAUAUAUACAUGUAGUUCAAGUUCUGAUAAAGAUCUUUUUAUGAAAUCAGCUCAAUUUUAGAAGUAGAUUUUGGCACAAAGUGUAUUAAGAAACAUUUAUAGAGAGUAAUUGUAUAUAUAUAGUUAUAGAAAUUAUCAGUCAAAGAGUUAAGCAUUAUUUUUCAUGUUUGUCAAAGUGAUAACAAAAGACUAGCUCUUGCCAAAAUAUAUGACAGAUUUUACAUUUAAUGUCUUAACAAUCUGAGAAAAAAUAAAUUAGUAUAAAUUAGAAGUCAAAUUAACAUAAUCAGUCUAUAUUUUAGAUUGUGGAUACAUUUAACCAAAAGAUUUGGAACUAUGUAUUGAGGAUUGUAUUGACAAUUAAUGACUCGUAGAAAGAUGCUUUCAAGAAUGAAGUUUAAAUAUAUGAAGUUAAGAUCUAUCUACAAGCGUAUUGCUGUUUAUUACCUUUAAGAAACUGACAAGAACUUGAACUUUGAGCUUGUACUUUUGAUUGGAUUUCAGAUAAGUUUUUUUCUGAACAUGUUAUUUUUUCAUAGUUGUUAUUUGUUGAUUUUUGAUGACAUUUUAUUUGAAUUAUUGUUGAUAAGCUAAAUUUCAUUUUUGAAAACAAAUCGGUUAUUUAUGAUUGUUCAAGAAUGAUAGAAUAACAGGAUCAUUUAAAGAAAAAUUGUUUUUAGCUUCUGAUUUUGGAAGAAAAAAGGUCUGGGUAUUGGUGAUAAUAUUGGUUACAUUGGUGAUUGCAUCCAUCGAAGUGCAAAUUUGUUUACCUCAAAAAUCAUUCAAGAUAUUCAAAUGAAACUUGGUACACCUGUUGCAAGAACCAAUAUACUUUACAUCUAGGCAGUAUAAUUUGAGAAAUAAAAGUCCAGUUUUGUUGGGAUCUUGAAUUCGUGGAAUACCCAACCCAUGAAAACCAUGAAAAUUAAUGUCCCACAUAUAAUAAUGAUUUUACAGUAUGCUCAUAUACAGCAGUACUCUUUCUUUAAAUUAUCCCCCUUGUUUCACUAAAUAAAGAAACACAGGUGAGUGAGUGUUGCCUUUCGCUCUGGUGUUCUUUAUUAUUAUUGCCUAUCCAUAUUUUGAUGGCAUUGUUAAUAAGCUCAAUUCGUACUUUGGGCUAAAACAGGAGAAAAAUAUAAUUUAAGUACCGUUAUCAUUAAAUUAUUUCAUUUGUUCCUUGUUGUGUUUUAAUGGACUAAUGCUCAGGACAUAAAUGGUCAUAUCAUAACAUUGCAGACGUCGCAUAAUAAUAUGAACAUGUAUCUUUAAAUUUCAGGGAAUGUUUGAAUUGCAUUUAAAUUAUAUUUAAGGUCAGUGGUCAGAUUUGUAUGCAAGUUUCAAGAAAUGUACUGUUAUUUCAUAGCAUUUUUAAUAUAAUUUUAUUCAUAAUUAUGGUUUCUUUUUGGAAGGACGUUAUGCAUUGAUCCAUAGAAUAAGAAAUAUAUGUACCAGUGUAUUUCGCCAAAUAUUGCCAUGCUAUAGAAAUAUCAUUUUUGGCAUUAUGAGUAUAAUGUAGUCCAAAUAAUUUUUUUAUCAUCUUUGUAAAAUAAAAAAAUGCAAAUAAUUUAUAGUAAUAUUUUAUCAUGCAUUACUAUGGAAAUAUUGCUUUUGGCAUGAUAAGUAUAUAAUGUCCAAAUAAAUUGUGAUCAUCUUUGUAAAAUAAAAAAAGGAGUAGAUAAUUCACCUUUAUAUUUGAAUAUGUAUUUUCUUUUUCCAUUUUUAAGUAUUAUAAAUAAGUAUUAUUUACAUAUGAUUAACUAAUAAGUUUCCAGUCAUGGAAAAAAUCUUACGUUUUUAGUCUUGUGAAUUUUAAGUAUACUGUGUAUUCUUCAUAUUUAGUUAAAAUAGUAAUCAAUGCACAAUAAUAUUAUAUAAAAGUUAGUACCUAUCUUUGGUUAUUGAAACCGUUAAAUCUGCUGAGGCUAUUUCACCUUGCUAUUUCAGUGGUUUAGAAGACCAGAAAUAAACAGUUAUCUUAGUCUUAAGGCAAAAUAACACUUUAAAUAACACUUUACUAAGCCAGCUGACAUGCCUGAUAUUCUGAGUAACCCACUAAGUAAAACAUACACAAUAUUAUUAACUAAAUCAAAAUUUGGUGAUUGUUAUCGUGAUCCCAUUGGUCGAUGAAAGUGCGGACACUAAAUAUAUAUAUAUAUAUAUUUAUCAAAAGAAAACAUAGUGUAUACAUAUGAAAUGUGUAUAAAGUUUACUGAAAUGUAGAUGAUCAUCGUUUUAAUUUGUAAAAACAAAUUUUGCUCAAUCUCCAUAUAAUCGUUGUAUUAAAUCUGUAGUUUGUGCAUGAUGAAAUAUGUCAUAUUUAAAACAUUUUUAGCUCCACUGUUUUUCAAGAGAAAAAAAAUCAUGUAUUGUCAUAGCCUGGGCUUCGCUGUCAUAGCAUUGGCAUCGCUGUCAUAGACUGGUUGUCACUGUCAUUGUUUGCAGCAUUAUUGUGCGAAAGCUUCAACCUUGCCCAUCCAUCAAAAACCAUUCAAGAUAUUCAAAUGAAACUUAGCAUAUAUGUAGACAGAGAACUUACACACAUGUUAAGCAAGGCCUGUAAUUUUUAUAUUUUGGGGUUUUGCCCUCUCUUUUUUGACAAAGAUUGCAGAUGAGCGUUGUUGUGCACUUCAUGGUGCUCUUGUCUGCUCUGCGGUGCUCCAUGGUGCUCUUGUGCACUUCGCGGUGCUCUCGUAUGCUUCAUGUAGCUCUACUGCGCUCUGCAGUGCUCUUAUGCACUCCGUGGUACCCUUGUGCGCUAUGUGGUGAUCUUGUGCACUCCGUGGUGUCCUUGUGCACUAUGUGGUGCUCUUGUGCACUCCGUGGUGCCCUUGUGCGCUCUGCAGUGCUAUUGUGAAUUCCGUGGUGCCCUUGUGCGCUAUGUGGUGCUCCUGUGCACUCCAUGGUGCCCUUGUGCGCUAUGUGGUGCUCUUGUGCACUCCGUGGUGCCCUUGUGCGCUAUGUGGUGCUCUUGUGCACUCUGUGGUGCCCUUGUGCGCUAUGUGGUGCACUCCGUGGUGCUCUUGUGCACUCUGUGGGCUCUUGUCUUUAAAUCAUGUCAAAUUAUACAUAGAUUUGUAUAAAAUAUUUAUAUUUUGUGUUUUACCUGUGAUAAGAAUUUUUUUUUUCAAAUGCAUUUACCCUAUAUAUUAUUCUCGCUCUUUGAGUAAUUGUAUAAUUAAAGUGUACUUUUUUUUUAAGUAAUUGAUUUUUUUUUUAUUCUUUUUAAAAAUGCAUUCCAAAGAGUUUUUAUUGUUUUGUUCAGUGGUGUAAAAUUCAUUCAUCAUUCUAUUUAUUUUUUAAUCACAAUGUGUCUUAUGGUAUCAUGAUGUUUUUAUUUAUUUUAAGGGAAAUCCAGAUAAAUUAAAUGGCAAUCUAAAAAUAUUUAUCAAUAAAACAUGACCAAGAACUGCAGGGUACUGUAUAGCCAGUAUUUUUCUGUGGGUUUUAUUUUCGAAAUAUUCUAGAAAAAUAUAUGCUAUACAGAAGCCAGUUUAUUUCUUUCAAUAAUGCUAUAACAAUCCAAUGCAAAGCUCAUAAUAAAACAACAAUAUAAAGUGUACUUUUUAUUGCAUUUUUAAGUGAUUUAGUACGUUUUUCUGAAUUUUUGUUUAAAGUACAGUGAUUAUUUCCAAUAUUCAACUGUUAAUUGUUAAUAACAGAGUCUAUUUUUAUAGCAAUAUAGGCUAUUUAUAGAUAUAUUGGGUGUUGUGUCUGCAUAAUGACACAAUUUGUAUGGUGACCUGUAUUAUUUACCUAUUUCAAACAAACAGUCGAAACCUGUCGGCUCGAUAUCACUUGGCUCGAUUUUCUCAAACUUGAUGUGAAGGACCGAUUUAUUUUACUCUAUGUAAGUAUUCCAGCUUGACUCAAUAUUGGCGAGGCACAAAGAUUUUUGGCAGGUCCCUGGGUUAUCGAGCCAACGGGUUUUGACAGUACUGUAAACUAUUUUUUCACAAAAAACUUAAAACAUACAAUAUUUAGUCAUUAAAUUAUAUUUCUUAGUGAAUCAAUACGGUACACAAUAUUACAGUCAUGUAAUAUACAUGUUAUUAUAAAAUCGGUUUAUUUAUAUAUUUCUGUAAAUAUUCUGUUUUAUGUAUACAUGUCUCUGUCCUGCCACUACUUAUAUCAGUAUUUUGCAUUUUUGUCCGUUUGCUAGUCAUAUUUUUAUCUAUAAUUUUCAUCGUCAUCAUUGAUAUACUGUUUGUCUUUUAUUUUCUAUGCCCUUGGAAAUAAGGGACAGAAACCCCCCCCCGUCAUUUUGUGAUCCAACAUUAUUACUUAUGAAAGCUUGCGAACAUUGAACGGGCCUUAUAAGUAGUUGUUAUCUUAAAGUAUAAGAUUGCAGUUUUUCAGAUGUAUUAAUUAUAUAUGAUUACAUUUAUAUUAAAAUUAUAGAAGAAUGCAUUUAUCAGCCUCCUUCGUUUUUAUGUAUAGCUGUAGAAAAAUCAAAUAUAAGACAUAAUUAAAUGUGCCUUCAUAAUUUAUCAAAAUGUAUCUGUGAUGUUUAUACAUGUUAUAUUUGAUUGAUUACUGUAUUUUUAAAUGCAAUAUCAAAUAUUGUG